AUGAGUCAACUGGGCGGACCCGGUGCUCGACAGGCCAACGCCAAGCCGAUUCCCCCACAACGUGGCAGCUUCCCACUUGAUCAUGACGGCGAGUGCAAACAUGUCAUAGUGACCUACCUUGAGUGCAUCAAGAAAGUAAGGGGUGUGAACGAUGCAGAAUGUCGCGACUUGGCCAAGUCGUACUUGGCAUGCCGCAUGGAUCGGAACCUCAUGGCCAAGGAUGAGUUCAAAAACUUGGGGUUUGAUAAUGGGCCAGCAGCGGAGACAAGUACCAACACUGCCAAACAGGGCCAAGGAGCUUCAAGCAAGGAACAGGAUGCACGACCCGGCGAGCUAAGAUGGUAG